GCGGGGGAGGGGGCGGUACGAAAGAGGAAGAAGUAAGGAGGAAGAGAGGACCCGGAUGCUGACCCUGGUCGGAGUGACUGGCGGCCCGGUGCUGGGCUGAGGGAGAGGCAGAGGAGCUCGGGAAAAGUGGAAGGGCCACCAGUGCAGCUCAGGGAAGAAGCCGGCCCGCGAGCUUAUUACAAUGUCUGUUUGGAGCCCCUUUUUUUCCUUCAGAGCCAUCGUUCCCCGGGUUUGGAGUCAAAGGUUCUUGCUGUGCGCGUUAACAGCUGAGCUUCUCGGUGGCCCCUAUCUGUUUAGCUAGUCUCAAGCCAGAGCCUGCCUAUUUGAGAGAGGGGGGGGGGGGGGGGGCCAGGCACUGACUUUGCAUCAAGUUUUCAAUAUCGUAUGAAUGUUUGAUGCGCUGAGUUUACCCUCUGAGGUGUUAGGAGAAGCAUUCAUUCAGUCCUCAUGUGGAAAGACGGGAUGGAUCUUGUACAACUUCCAGAACCGAAGUCUAGUCAAAGUGAAGCAUGAUAGGAGGAUGUGAAUUAGAGCUUUGGCUUAGAGAGGUAUAGAAAGGCUUCCCUGAGAGAGUGAGAACUAAGCUUGGCUCAAGAAACCAGCUGGAGUUAUUAAGGAAAGGAAACCAGUUUCAGGAAAAAGAUUUCCCAGUAUGAAGAACUGAGGCCCAGAGAGGUGAGGAAGGAUGGUUAAGGAAUUUUGAUCCAGCAGCCUGGAGACUGAAACAGGAUUACUUUGAGUUGUAAGCAAGCCUGGACUACACAGGAUGCCCCUGUCUCCAGAAAAGGAAAAAAAAAAUUAAAAACAGUUUUUAUCUGGUCCAGUGGUCCAGUGAACAAUAGGAUAUCUUGGGUUUUGAACUGCUAAAAUGAUAACUCACUCAAAAGAAGAAGAGCUUAGCAUUGUGGUGCUGACAAGUCCUAAGACCAGCCUGAUCUACAGAAUGAGUUCCAGGCUAGCUUGGAUCACAUAAACACUGUCUCAAAAAGAAAAUUAUAUAGAGGAAGAUCAGAGAGGCAGCUGCAGUUGCAUUUCUACAGUGGAAAAACAAAUAUGUUUGCAUAAAUACUAGUCUACUCUUUGAACAAAUUCCUAAGAGCUUUUCAUUUUGUAAGUGGGAAAAUGGUGUCAGAUUCACAGAGACAUUCUGUGGUGACCCCACAUAAAAUUAACUGAGUUUGUGCCACUUAGCCAUUAUUACCUCUUAAAUUUAAGUCUAGUAUAUGAGGAGCUGAAAAUUCUGUGAUAAAUUAACAGUUCUGGAUUUAAAAAAAAAAAUUUCAAGAGUGUAUAGAACUCAAAGUGCUAUAGGCUCUUAAGAAAAAAGUACAAAACAUACCGUCUCUUGGUACUAACGUCGAAGUUCUCAUGUUUACUCCACCACCGAUAAUACUAUAUGUAAAUAUUUUCAGGGACAGAACAUUAAUUGACUUACAUGAAUAUUGCUAAAUGUAAGUGAGCAAAGGAAAUAGUGUUUAAUUCAUCACUGGUAGAGAAAUAUUAAAGAUAAGGAAAACUUGAGAAUUUAAAGAAUUCUUCAUUUCUGUGCAAAACGUGAUUUGCUAUUGACUCAGAGCCAAAUUCUUGAGUUAUUUUAAGUUAUGUCAAAUGUGUUUUCCAGGAUGCAAACAAGAUAGCAGCAUGUUUUUUGGUGCCACCCUAAGUUGCUAGCCUUCAGACUUCACCCAAAACUAAAAUAUGUAUAUAUAUUUUACCAUAUGUUUAAUCCUUUUCCAGAAUGAUCUGUUACCAACAUUUUCUCCUUUCUUUGCAUCUUCUUUAUAGUUAACCUCUAAGAACCAAGCAACAUGUCCAGCAUUAACAGUUGUAAUCCAUCCCUCCAGAGGCCAAAGCAGGAAAGAGUUCAAGGCCAUACUCAACUGCGUAGGGAGUUCCAGGCCAGUCUAGAACACAUACCAAAACCCUGUCUUGGGAAAGAAAAAGUGUUACUAAGUUGGUAUUUGAAAUACUUUUAUGAGCAUUCUUUUCCUUGUGAUGUACUUAAUAGUAACCGCCAGUCAAGGCCAACGUAGAGCAUUUCCUUCGGAAGUGAGGACAUGCGACAUAUAGUAUAGCCCAAGCUAGCCCUGGACCCGUUUCUUUUCCCCACUUCCCAGCCGCUGGGAUUACAGAUAUAGACUACCACAUUUGGCUAGAUGUUUUCUACUUCGGAUAUCUCCCUGAAUUCAUAUUGCUGAACUGAUUUGUUUUCAUGAGUUGCUGAUUUUUUUAAUGGAUAACUGACUUAUUAAGAAUAUUGCUCUUGAGGCCAGAGAAGUGGCUCAGUAACUACUUUAUAAAGUGCUUGCUGUGAAAUCAUGAGGACCUGAGUUCAUGCCUAGCAUCUUUUUAGCUGGAAAUGACUACACAUCUGGAAUCCCAGCACUGGGAAGUCAAAGGCUGGAAGAUCGCUGGGGCUUGCUAGUCACCUAUUCUGGCCAAACUAACAAACUCUGGGUUCAGUGAAGAGCCAUAUUUCAAAAACUAAGGUAGAAAGAAAGUAAAUAAAAUACUGAAUGUCAGCCUCAAAGCUCCACCUACACCACUGUGGUGGCCUGAGUAAGAAUGGCCCCCAAAUGCUCAUAUUUGAAUACUCAUCACUAGUUGGUAGUACUGUUUGGGGUAGGAUUAGGAGAUGUGGUCUUAUUGGAAGAAUCCUGCAACUGGAGGUAGGCUUUGGGGUUUCAAAGGCCCGUUUGUUUGUUUGUUUGUUUGUUUGUUUUAAAUCUUUUUUUACUAUCCAGUCAUAAACUCCCUCCUGGUCUUCCCACUAGCUGUUUCUCAUCUCUCCACCCCCACUCCACCACACCUCCCACUCCCUGGGAGAGACCUCAAGUUUCUCAAGGGCUAGGUGUGUGCAUCCUCUCUCACUGAAUCCAGACCAGGCAGUCCUCUGCUCUAUAUAUGGGGUGGGGGGCCCUCCUAUCAGCUGGUGUGUGCUGCCCAGUUGGUAGCUCAGUGUCUGAGAGAUCUCAGGGGUCCAGAUUAGUUGAGACUGCUGGUCUUCCUAUGGGGUUGCCCCCCUCUUCAGCUUCUUCCAGCAUUUCCCUAAGUCAACCACAGGGGUCCGAGCUUCUGUCCAUUGGUUGGGUGUAAACAUCUGUAUAUGACUCUUUCUGCUGCUUGUUGGGCCUCUCGGAGGGUACCCAUGCUAGGCUGCUGUCUGUAAGCACACCAUAGCAUCAGUAAUAAUGUCAACCCUAGAAGCCUCCCCUUGAGCCGGAUCCCAAUUUCGGCCAAUCACUGGACCUCCUUUUCCUCAGGCUCGUCUCCAUUUUUGUCCCUGCAGUUCUUUUAGAUAGGAACAAUUCUGGGUCAGAGUUUUUUACUUUGGGAUGGCAACCCCAUCCCUCCACUUGAUGUCUUGUCUUUCUACUGGAGGUGGGCUCUACAAGUUCCCUCUCCCCACUGUAGGGCAUUUCAUCUAAGGUUCCUCCAUUUGAUUCCUGAGAGUCUCUAACCUCCCAGGUACAUUCUAGAGGGUCCUCCCCACGCCCCUGCUACCUCCUGAGGUUGCCUGUUUCCAUUCUUUCUGUUGACCCUCAGGGUCUCAGUUCUGUUCUCACCACCACCACCACCACCACACUCAUACCUCAAUGGCCCAUGCCAUUUCUAGUUAGCUUUCUAUCUCUGGUUUAUGCAUAAGAUAUAAGCUUUGAGCUACUAAUCCAAUGCCAUGAUUUCCUGCCUGCUUGCUUACUUGCACACUCCCCAGCAUAAUGGUAAUAAUGGACUCACCCUCUGAAAUUGUAAACAAGCCUCCAAUUAAAUAGUUUGUUUUAUGAGUUGCCUUAGUUGUAAUAUCAUGUUUGUUUUGUUGGUGAUGGUAGUGUUUUUUUAUUGGGAGAAUUGUUUGUUUGUUUGUUUGUUUGUUUGUUUGAGACAGGGUCCCUCUACAUAGCACCAGCUGUCUUCAAUCUCACCAUGCAGACCACACUAGCUACAAACUUAUAGAGAUCCACUUGCAUGCUGGGAUUAAAAGCAUAUGCCACCACACCCAACUGGUCAUGGUGUCUCUUUACAGCAAUAAAAGCAAUAACUAAGACAACCACACACACAAAAUUAAAUAAAUGAAUACUUUUUAAAGUAUGCUUCUUACUGGACAUGAUACACAUGUAAUUGUAGAGACUAAGGAAGGAUUGUUCAUUCUAGGCCAGCCUGAACUGCAUAGAGAAAUUCUUCCUCAAAAAAACAAUAGGGGGGCUAGAGAGAUGGCUCAGCCAUUAAGAUCACUGACUGUUCUUCCAGAGGUCCUGAGUUCAAUUCCCAGCAACCACGUGGUGGCUCACAACCAUCUGUGAUGGGAUCUGAUGCCCUCUUCUGGUGUGUGUGAAGACAGCAACAGUAUACACAUAUAAAUAUAAAUAUAAAUAUAAAUAAAUAAAUAGUAAGAGGAAACAAGAUAGAGGAGGGGACUAAUAGCCCAUUUUAAAAAAUAAAAUAAAAGUGGGGGGGGGGGAGUUUGAUCCUAAAGAGUAACCUGAACAAUAAAUGCAUCACUUUCAUUCCUUGAUUUCAUAUAUUAUCUGUAAAGAGCUACUAGAGUAGAUGGACUCAGUCAUUGAAACAUCUACGAAGCAUAAGGACCUAAAUUCAGAUCCCCCUGUAAAAGCCAAGUUCCACAACUCCUAACCCCAGCACUAGACUGGGCCAGAACAAGCAUAUCCCAGGAAUUCAUUAGCCAGUUAAAUUAAAAGGCCAGGAUUCGAUGAUAGGACCAAUCUCAGCUAUAAAAAUAUAAGAUGGAAAAUGAUUGAAGAAGACCCAAGGUUAUAUACUAUGCAAACAUGUACUCACACACAUGCACACAUAAAUUUUUUUGUUUAUCACAGGUAUUUAUUGUAUAUGUGAGUGCCCACAUACUUCAGUGCUGUGUUUUGUGCUCAGGAUAGUUUUCAGUUCUUAACUUCUCUGUCUUAAUUUUGUGUAUGGAGUCAGCAGAUGGCUCUAGUUACCUGGGUUUGCCACCAAGUCUGACAACCUGAGUUUUUCAAUCCAUGGGAUUCACAUUCAAGAGAACUGUCCUUGUCUCUAGAGCCCAUGAAGUUGACAACACCGACCUGUGACACGCAGCACUUUGCCCAGCAGUAAUCAUAAACUGCCAUCUAUAACCGUAUUGUGUUUGGUGUUACAUUUACAUGUACAGAGUGAAUCCAUUGAAGGUUAUUGGAAGAGGGCUUGUGAUCCUACAGACCAAAAUGGUCAUCCCCAAAGAAGACAAAACUCAUAACACCUAAAGCUUGCCAGAGGCAUCAUAGUUACUAGAAAAACAGACUCUGUGGAGAAAAGUAAAAAUCAAUAUUUGCAAAGAAAUGGAAGACUCACCAGUAAAGGAGAGCCCUGCAAAGGCCAGGAUCGAAGCUGGGUAUUAUGACAUGCUCUGUAAUCCCAGUAUUUGGGAGAAGAGGCAGAAGGGUCAGGAAGGAAUUCAAAGCUAGCACAGGUAAAAUAUAUCUUGUCUCAAAAAAUACAUGUAUGCAUGCCGUGAUUUAUAUUCUAGGAAGUAUUAAAGUAAAUGCAGAAUUAAAAAUAUUUCAACACUAAUUAUACGAAAUAAUAAUAUUCAAAUGAGCAUGCACCUUAAAAACAAUCUCCAGGACUGGAGAGAUGGCUCAGUGGUUAAGAGCGCUGACUGCACUUCCUAGAGGUCCUGAGUUCAAUUCCCAGCAACCACAUGGUGGCUCACAACCAUCUGUAAUGAGAUCUGAUGCCCUCUUCUGGUGUGCAUGAAGACAGGGACAGUGUACUCACAUAAAAUAAAUAAAAUCUAAAAAAAAAAAAAAACCCUCCAAAAUUUAUUGAUUUAAAUAUUCCUCACAAAGCACACCUAUCCUAAUCAUAGAGCAUUUGCUAAUUUGGAAUCAUUAUAGAAAUGUCUUUUUGUGAAUUUGUUUUGGAAUUUAUUUGAUGUCAACAAUUUAAGUCCUUUAUGAUUAAUUAACUAGGAAAUUUUACUGUAGGUCAUCUAAGAAAAUUACUUCAAAAUCAACUGAACAAUGUUAUCAGUAGACUGAAGAAUUUUUCUUUAGAAACUUGAGGUAUAAUUUAUACAGCAACCAUCAAAAGUAUAUGUUCAAGGUCAACUUUGAAAUUAAUAAAACAUGGAGAAAACUAAAGAGAAAGCUGAAAGAAUUCUUCUAGAGCCUUAUAAGUACUUACUUCAAUUACCAGGUAAACAGGUGAGAACCAAACUUUCACAGGCAUUUAAUCACUGGCUGAAAGUUCCAGAAGACAAGCUACAGAUUAUCAUUGAAGUGACUGAAAUGUUGCAUAAUGCCAGUUUACUCAUUGAUGAUAUUGAAGACAGUUCAAAGCUCCGACGUGGUUUUCCAGUUGCUCACAGCAUCUAUGGUGUCCCAUCUGUCAUUAACUCUGCCAAUUAUGUCUACUUCCUUGGCCUGGAAAAAGUCUUAACACUUGAUCACCCAGAUGCAGUGAAGCUUUUCACACGACAGCUUUUGGAACUUCAUCAGGGACAAGGCCUAGAUAUUUACUGGAGAGAUACCUACACUUGUCCGACUGAAGAAGAAUAUAAAGCCAUGGUGUUGCAGAAGACAGGUGGCUUGUUUGGAUUAGCCGUAGGCCUCAUGCAGUUGUUCUCUGACUACAAAGAAGAUCUAAAGCCACUGCUGGACACACUUGGGCUCUUCUUCCAGAUUAGAGAUGAUUACGCCAAUCUACACUCCAAAGAAUACAGUGAAAACAAAAGUUUCUGUGAAGACCUGACAGAAGGAAAGUUCUCAUUUCCUACUAUUCAUGCCAUUUGGUCAAGGCCAGAAAGCACCCAGGUACAGAACAUCCUGCGCCAAAGAACAGAAAAUAUAGACAUUAAAAAGUACUGUGUGCAGUACCUGGAGGAUGUAGGUUCUUUUGAAUAUACGCGAUACACUCUUAGAGAGCUCGAAGCUAAAGCCUACAAACAAAUCGAGGCCUGCGGUGGGAACCCUUCACUAGUGGCUUUAGUCAAGCAUUUAAGUAAGAUGUUCACAGAAGAAAAUGAAUAAUGUUAGCCAUUCUUUUUUUUUUUUUUUUUAAGAUUUAUUUAUGUAUGUGAAUACACCGUAGCUGUCUUCAGACACACCAGAAGAGAGCAUUGGAUCCCAUUACAGAUGGUUGUGAGCCACCAUGUGGUUGCUGGGAAUUGAACUCAGGACCUCUGGAAGAACAGUCAGUGCUCUUAACCACUGAGCCAUCUCUCUAGCCCAAUGUUAGUCAUUCUUGAUUAGACUCAAUAAUUUCUUUUAGUUGAAAAUGAGAAGUGGUUUCUUCCCAUUUAUCUUUUCAAGUACUAGUCUCCAAAAAUUGAGUAAAUGAGGGUAAUGUGUGUAAAAUGUUUUGUUUUCAAAAUCCCUUUGCACAAAAUACAAAAUUGAGGGCUAGAGAGAUGGCUCAGUGGUUAAAAGGCUGCUCUUCCAGAGAACCCAAGUUCCAUCUCCAGGGCCCACAGUAAAGUUCACCAACAUCUGUAACUAUUUCCACAUAAUCUUCUGGGCUUUUCAGGCACCAGGCACACACAUAAUAUACAGGUAUACCUAUAUAUAGGUAUAUAGGGUCAUAAAUUUCAGACACUGAAUGUGACCAGCUCUUCCUACUACCCCACAUAUACUGGGCUUGUCAAUAAAAACGACUUAUCUUCCAAGAAACUAUCUGCUUUCUAACAGUGAAUGGAGGGUUUCCAGUUCAUAGAUGACAAUUCAAACAUGGAUUUCUUAGGCUAGUCUCUCUUGCUAGUUGGCUAAAAAGACCAAAGAACUGCUGUUUUUCCCUAAAUGAUAGUGCCAAGAGUACCUCAGUUUUAUCUCUAAAGUCCUGUACCAAAGUCUGAAAAGACAAAAUAAAUACACAGGCACUUUUCCAACCACCUUGCUUGUUUCCAUGCUUGACACCCCACAAAUCGACCCUUUUGACAAAAGAGGCUGUUCUACUUAAUGAAGUUCAAUUCACAACCUAGUCUUGGUUUUUUUGUUUUGUUUUGUUUUUUUGUUUGUGUUUUUUUUUCUGGUUUGUGUUUUUUCUUGUAACAUUUUUCUGACCCAAUCUGAUUAGUAUCUGUGUAUAAUGUUUCUUUGAAGAAAGAAAAUAAUAUAAAAGAUGUUCGUGGAGUUCACUAGUAAUGCCAGCAUUCUGAGGUAGAGUCAGGAUGAUUAGAAGUUCAAGGUUAUACUCUGCUCUUAUAUAUAUAUAAGUUUGAGGCCAGUCUGAGUGACAGGGGACAUUGUGUCCAAAGAAAAUAAAAAAAAAAAAAACCAAAUUUUUUUAUUUCUUGAGACAGGUUUUACUAUGCAAUUCUAGCUGGCCUAGAACUCCAGGAUCUAUUAGCCUGGCUUCUGCCUCUUCAAGUGCUAGAAUCAAAUGUGUGUCCUACCAUGAUGCCUGGCAAAGACUGUGUAAGUCAAUUUAUUUCCUUGCCUAAUUAAAUUAAUUUUGGCCUGGUGCUAACUCAUAAUUCUUUUGUUGUUCUUUUCUUGCCUUUGUUGGUAACAAGAAUGUUUAACAGUGAGUUGAGAACCUUUUUAGAGUCAUUUUGUCUUUCCAGUAAUCAAAAUCUCAUUCUUUAUUUGCUUGUGGUCCCAAAUGUUAAUUCAGAAAAGACCCAGGAGGCUGGAGAGAUGGCUCAGAGGUUAAGAGCACUGGCUGCUCUUCCAGAGGUCCUGGUUCAGUUUCCAGUAACCACAGCUCACACCUGUCUAUAAUUCCAGUUCCAGAGGAUCUGAUACCCUCACAUAGACAUACAUGGAAGCAAAACACCACGUUUAAAAAAACGAAAAGAAGUAUCUGAAGAGACCCAGAACAUGGGUAGCUUAGUUAAGUUAAUAACAUGACUUUAUAUGCUUAGAUUUGUGCUACAGUAAUGCUUUUCCUGCCUAAGAAAGUCUUGAGAUAAACUCUUAGAGAAAUGUUGGAUUUUGCUGUGUCAGAGACAUACUUUUUAAACUGUAAAUUUUAUAAUUUAUGCAGUUUCAGAACAUUAAUUUUUUUUAUAUCAAAACUGCAAGAAUAAAGGUCAGUUGUAUUGCCAUAAAUCUCUUGACUCAGCAAAGCGUUUAUUUCAUUGAGUUGAAGUCUGGCUUUGUUGUCUAAACUGUUGUUGACCUCAUCAUCUUCCUUCAGCCUUUUGCUUCCUGUGCCAGCCAGUGCUGCCAGGGAAUGUUUUCCUGGCUGCUGUUGUGGCCACUGCUGCUUGUUUAGCAACCUCCUAUCCUGGGUAACCUGUAUUGUUUGUCUCUUCUUUCUUUCCUAGCAGAAGAGGAGUCCUCACCUAGCAAUCUAUUGUCCUUUAUUAUCUUUUUCCAUUCUCCACCUAUCACAUGUGGAGUCUCCUAACUUUCUUCAAAUUAUUUACUUCAAGUAGUCUUCCUUUUACUUCCAAAAAUGUAAGCCAUAUGAGGUGGCACAUGCCUGUAGUCUUAGUACUUAGGGGCAAUAGAGAUCAAAAGUUGAGGGUCCUUAUUGGCUACAUAGUGGGCUGGGACUAGCCUGGAUUUUGUUUGAGUUUACCCUGCAGCCCUAGGCCAAAGUAGCUCUUGAGCUCUAGAGGCCUUGUAAUAUCCCAGGCUAUAAUUCUCAGGGAUCCUAGAGCUCAUUGUAAGCUAUGUGCUAAGAGAAAAGGGAAAGACAUGUGUAUUUAUGCAACUUUAAUCCCAGCACUCAAGUGGCAGAGGCAGGCAGAUCUCUUAUCACUUGGUAUACAUAGAGUUCCAGGCAAGACAAGGCAACAUAGUGAGGUCAGGGUCUCUCUCUCUCUCUCUCUUUCUCUCUCUCUCUCUCUCUCUCUCUCUCUCAAAAAAAAAAACAGUUUAAGUACAAAAAACAAAAGAAGGCUCAAAAUAAUGAGCCCUUUAUAAUAUAGUGAGCAUUUUGCUUCUUCAACCCUACCAUCCCGCUUGGCUAACUACAGACUCACUCUGCUCAUCUUAAUUCAUCAUUUUAAAUUAUUCAAUAUGUUGAGACUUAGCUAUAAUGUGAAGGUAUUGUUUUACUGUGUACUGCUUAGUUGAAAAAAAUACCAAAAAAAAAAAAAAAAUCAGUUAGGAAUUUCAAUGUUAACUUGUUCAAGUCCACUCCGUACAGUAUUUCCUAACACUUAAUUGGCACUGACACAGAAGUGCCUAGGAAAUGUUUAUCAUGCUUUUUUUAAUGUAUGUAUGUAUAUGUAUAUAUGUAUUUAUUUAUUUUCUGUAGCCCUUGUUGGCCUAGAACUUGAUUUGUAGACCUGAACUCAGAGAUCUAUGUGCAGAGGUUAAACACAUGUGCCAUCGUCACUCCCAGCAAAGCAUACUGUAUGCAACACUACUUUAGAAGAAUCACCAACUUUGUAUUGUUUAUCACUGUACUUAAAAAGGAAGCUGUGUCUGAGGAGAUAAUCUAUGAAACGAGAUUGUUGAAUCUCUUUGGGGUGUCUUAGUUACUGUUCUAUUGUGAAGAGAUACCAUGGUCAAAGCAGUUCUUAUAAAUGAAAGCAUUUAAUUUGAGGGCUUGCUUACAGCUUCAGUUGGUCUGUUAUCAGCUGGUGGAAACAUAGUGUCACUCCUGGCCCUGGAGCAGUAGCUAAGAACUGCAUCCUGAUCUGUAGGCAGCAGACUGGAUCUGCCACGAGGUCCUGAAACCUCAAAGCCCACCCCUGUGACACACUUCCUCCAACAAGGCCACAUCUCCAAGUCCUAAUUUUGUCAAAGAAUUCCACUCCCUGGCAACUAAGUAUUCAGAUAUAUGAGCAUAGAGAAUUAUUCUUAUUUAAACCACCACAGUGAGGUAGUUUAGUACUAAUGAUAAGCUGUAAGAAGAUGUAUUAAAUCUUUCUGAAACUUGCCCAGUUGCUUAAUAGAAAUUGUAAAUUGGAGUGUUUUAAAGAGAAUUGGCUUUAAUGAAUAUUCUAAGAUGCCAGUGUUUUUUAAGAAUGUAAUGGUGUGUUUAUUAAAUCUCACAGGUUAAGUCAAUUGACUAUAAACAACUGGACAUUAAAAAAUGGAGUUAAGACACUAGACAAGCCUGUAAAACCACCACUGAAGCUAAGGCAAGAGGAUCGUAGUUCAAGAACAGUCUGACCUCCAUAGGAAGUUGGGGCCCAGAUAGAUUGCAUACUCAGACCUUAAUCACAAAAAACAGAAAUACUGAGUUAAGGAAGCAGGGUAUUAUUGAAGUAAGACAUGCAUUUGAGAUACAAAUUAGGAAUUUUUAAAAACUCAGAUUUUCUCAAAGUUUUGUGAAAGUGGAUUUGUAUAGGAUGGAGUCAUUAUGCAGGAGGCAUAAUGCAGGAGGCAGGUCCAGGAUAAGGCGAAGCCUAUCAUUGGAUGAGAAGGAAGGGUGGGGGAGUGGGGGUGGGGGAAUUCUAGGAAGGAGAAAGGAGGAAGAGAAGCAGGGAAUCAAGGAUGACCCAGAUCCAAGUGGUCUUGAAUUGCCAAGAUAGCUGGGAUGGACUUCUGUAGGCAAGUUUUAUCUUAUCUAGGAGGGCAGUUUAUAUCCUUAUCAAUUGGUUAUAAGUUUAUUGUGUGGAUGUAUUAUAGAUUGAGAAUUUAAAAUAUAAAUCUGAUUGUUGGGUUACAGUUUGUUGAGUCUUGAUUUUACUGGGUAGUUGGGAGUUUAUACUUUAACUACAAGGGGGCAGUUGCUGGAAAUGUGGGCAGAGUCCACGGCAGAGAGCUUCAAUAGGCCAGCCGCUGCUGGACUUCUAGAACCAUGAUUUUGCAGGGUAGCUGGAACCAGAGAGUUUGUGGCUAGCAGAGAGCCACCAGGAGAGAUACUAAUCUGAGAUAAAUUAGCGCCAGUUCAACUGGCAACCGCCAGGGUAUGCAUGGGAACUGUUCCACCACUCUUUUAUUAUUAUCACAACAGAUUUGUGAUUUGAUAAAAGUGUAAAUGUGAACAGAAAGAUGACUUAGACUGUCAAGUACUUGCAUAAACAUGAGGAUCUGAGUUUUGAUCCCCAGCAUCCACAUAAAAGCAGAAUGUGACAGUGUAAUGUAUUUUAAUGUUUGCCUUAUAAACUCAGCGUUGAGGAGGGGGAGAGAGGCCUUGGAUACCCUGGGAAGCCAUUCUAACUGAAUCUGUAAGUUGCAAGGCAGAGAGAGAACCUGUCUAAAAAAUAAUGUGAAAAACCUAUUGAAGAAGACACCUGAUCUUGAUUUCUGGUAUCCACAUGCUCAUACAUAUAUGCAUACAGUUAUAAACAUGUACACACACAAAAGUAUGAUAACUGUAUUAAUUUGCCAGAGCCUGAAACUUGGCCAGUUAAGAUUUGUAAAGCUGCGGGUUGCAGGUAAAGAAUGAAUAAAUACAGUUAUAGCAUUCAGUGAGUGCUUAGUAGGGACUGAAGGUGGCACCACAGUUAGAAACACCUGCUCCUGCCUAGGACCUGGGAUCAGGUCCCCGCACCACAUAGUAUUAUGUUUACAUGUUCACACAGGCGUGUAUACCUGUGUGCACAGGUACAUGUGCACAAGUAUAUAUGGACAUGAAGGUCAGAGGUCAAUACCAAGUAACUUACUUGAUCACUUUAUUUUUUAGACAGGGUCAUUGUAGUCCUGGUUGUCCUGGAAUUCUCUGCAACACUACACUGGUCUCAAACUCACAGAGAUCCCCCUGCCUCUUCCUUCUGCCUUGGUCACGUUUUACUCUUUUUUAAUAGUUUUAUUUGUCAUUAGUGUGUGUCAGGGUGCUGGUGCAUGCAUGCGACAAAGCAUAUACAGAGUAAAGGACACCACUUUGAAGUCAGUUCUCUCCUUCCACCGUGGGUUCCAGGAAUCAAACAAGUCAGCAGAUACACACAGCAAUCUGGUCAGCCCCAACUUUAUUUUUUGACACAGGGUAUUUCACUGAAUCUAGAACUUAAUAAUUUGGCUAGGCUGCCUAGUCGCUGAGUUCUAGGGAUGGGCCUUUCUCCACCUCCCCAACUGUGGUUACUGAUCUGCGUCACACUCAGUGUUUACAUCGGUGUGCUGGGAUCGGAAUCCAAGUCCUCCUGCGCGUGUGGUAGGCACUUUACCAUGAUCCAGCACUCUGCCAUCUAAUUUUUACUUAUCAUUGUCCUGAUACAAAACAAGUCUGAAGGGGAUAGAAGAACCAAUUCUGAGCCAAAUAUGAGUGUCCAUGCACCAGCUACACAAAAUCAUGUCACCCUGAAUGGCAUGUUUCUGUGAAGAAGGCUUUACAAAUUUAAAAAACAUUCUUUAUUAAAUGUAUUAUAUCUAGUGUGUAUGUGCUAUGGCCUGCACGUGGAGGCCAGAAGACAGCUUUUACAACUUGUGGAAAUCAGUUCCGUCUUUCUCCCAUAUGGGUCCUUGGAAUUGAACUCAGGAUUGGUGGCAAGUAACUACUUGCUGAACCAGCCCCCUGCCCAGUUUCAUAAACUUAGACAGUUACAGAGCAAAAAGUCACGAAUCAGUGCAUUUCCCAAAUGCAGUUAGAGAUGUCAGGAAGGUUGUAGCCACAGCAGGACGAAGUGUGUGCUGAGUUUCGUGUGUGCUGAGCCUCGUGUGUGCUGAGCCUCGUGUGUGCCGAGCUUCCUGUGUGCCAAGCCUUGUGUGUGUUGAGCUUCCUGUGUGCUGAGCCUCGUGUGUACUGAGCCUCGUGUGUGCUGAGCCUCGUGUGUACCGAACUUCCUGUGUGCCAAGCCUUGUGUGUGUUGAGCUUCCUGUGUGCCGAGCCUUGUGUGUGUUGAGCUUCCUGUGUGCUGAGCCUCGUGUGUGCUGAGCCUCCUGUGUGCCGAGCCUCCUGUGUGCCGAGCCUCGGGUGUGCCGAGCUUCCUGUGUGCCGAGCCUCGUGUGUGCCGAGCUUCCUGUGUGCCGAGCCUCCUGUGUGCCGAGCUUCCUGUGUGCCGAGCCUCCUAUGUGCCGAGCUUCCUGUGUGCCGAGCUUCAGGCGCUACUUUGUAACAUCCUCAGCUUUAGAGGUGGGCCAGGCUACUGCCCUGCAAGCUCAACCGUGCAUUCCAAGUGGGGUGACACAUAUCUAUAACCCAAUUCCAAAGACAAAACCAAGACAGUUGUGAAUUUGAGACUAGCUUGUACCAUAUAGCAAGUUCAAGGUCAGUCUGGACCCUGACUGACCCCGUCUCUAAGAACCAAAACAAAAGCAUGCAUUCCACAAGUUGUGCCUUGUAUUCACAAAAUGUUAGGCCACAUACCGAGGUUGUUAGUAGAUGGUUAUUAAAAGAUCUGAAGAUAGUCCAGGAUGUUUUGGGCUCUCAAUCUGUUACAGUCUUUUUUCUAUAGUCACCAAAGUUCUAGUUAGCCCUCCAAUCUGUAGUUCUUCAGCAGAGCCGAAGAACCUACACUUCCAUCCACAGGUGGACCCUACCCAUGUGUCAGCAGUCAACGGUCACCUUUGAGCCCCUCUCCUAAUACUUGCUGAAAGUGAUUGCCUUUUCCCAUCUUGUCACCAAUUACUUUAUCGCCCUUAGUUUAAUCUGAAUGAUCCUAUGGGUGGCUGAUCAACCCACACACUCUUUUUAAAUGUACAGAGUAUUGUAAUGUUGCCGAUCUGGCGUGUGACAGCUCUGGGGAGGAAAAAGGGGUCCUGGCGGUCAGGAGUCGGAAUAGCACAGAGAAACACUGCAUGACAACCUAACACAGAAGAUUUAUUGGUGAGGACAAUAGAGGUGGCUGCCUCUGCUCCAGAGAGGAGAGAACUGAUGAGGCAGGAUUUCUCACUUGGGGGUGGGGUUGGGGGAUUCCAGGGUGCCUGGGACUGGAAGGAUUUUGUGCCCUAAUCUUGGGCUCUUUUAUGUAGGGUGGGGCCUGGCCAGUCUCCUGCCUCAAGGGACUGGAAACAGCUGUUACUGUCAUAGAGAAGGCUGGGGGCUGUGUAUUGGAGGGGGAGGCCUAGCCACUCUUGCCUCAAUGGGCUUACAGCUCCCUUUUUUGUUUACUAUUGAUAAACAAUCUUUUGAAAUUGCUUUUCACACUAAGAACAAGAUUCAAAAGAAGAGGCAAGAAGGACAAAAAAUCAAAAUCUGGAUCUCCUUGCCUAGGAGCUUAGCUGUUUCUACUGUGAAUUUAUAAUUUUGAGAGCAGUAUCUGUUUCCUUUUUCUAAAAAAAAAAAUUAAGACAGGUUCACCAGAAUAGAGCUCAGUUGAAAGGAGGUUUGCCAACAUAGGGCCUUGCAUUUGAUUCCCAGCACUGCAUAAGAUGGCACAGUGGCAUUCACCUAUAUCCCCAGCACCUGGGAGGUGGAGGCCCUAGAACAAGGAGGUCAGGUCAUCCUCGACUAUAUACUUAGUUUAAGGCCAACCUGGGCUGUUUAAGAAAGAAAAGAAAAGAAAAGAAAAGAAA